AUGGAAAAGCGAAGCAAUGGCACCCCUGGAUCCGACUUUGUUCUGCUGGGGCUGUUUCACCACAUUCAGGCCCCUAGAGUUCUCUUCAGUUUUAUCUGCCUGGUAUUCCUUGUGACUCUUGUUGGCAAUGCAAUGAUGAUGAUCCUUAUUUGGCUGGACUCUCGCCUCCACACUCCAAUGUAUUUUCUACUCAGUCAGCUCUCCAGCAUGGAUCUCUUCUACAGUUCCACCUUUGUCCUCAAGAUAGCCCUUGAUUUCAUGACUGGGAGGAACACCAUUUCCUUUCUCGGCUGCGGGAUCCAACUCUUCUUGUUUAUGACCCUCGUGGGGGCAGAGUGUCUUCUGCUGGCGGUCAUGGCUUAUGAUCGCUAUGUGGCCAUCUGCCACCCUCUCCAUUACUCCGUUCUCAUGCGCCCUGCAGUCUGUGCCCUUAUGGUGGUGGGGACCUGGCUGGGGGCACUGAUAAACGCGCUAAUCCAUGUGCUCUACGUUUUAAAUCUCCCUUACUGUGCCUCCAGGGAAAUCCAGCAUUUCUUUUGUGAGAUCCCAGCUCUCCUGAAACUGGUCUGUGCUGACACCUCCCAGUAUGAAAAUGGUCUUUAUUUCAGUGGGGUUGUCUUUCUCCUUGCACCAAUAUCUGCCAUCAUGGCUUCAUAUGGACAGAUCAUCUCUACUGUACUGGGGUUAGGAUCCAGGUUGGGUAUGAGGAAGGCAAUGGCAACCUGUUCUUCCCAUUUGACUGUGGUGUUACUCUUCUAUGGAACAGCUAUAUUCAAGUACUUUCUCCCCAAAGCCUAUCACACUGCUGAGCAGGAUAAAGUGGUCUCUGUCUUCUACACCAUCAUCACACCCAUGCUCAACCCUCUCAUCUACAGUCUGAGAAACAAAGAGGUAGCUGGGGCCCUUAGGAAGGUUCUGGGAAGAUGA